UUUUUUUGUUCUUCUUCUCCGGCGAUUACUGUGGAUAAUUCCACCUGUAUUCGAUUUGUGUUCUUAAACUUUAUUCUGUGAUUCGAAUUAAGGAGUUGAUGAGUCGAUUUGUGUGUCAGUCUGUGAAAUUUGUGUGGAUUAUCUGAUUAUUUGGGUUUAUUUUCUUGUAUUAUGGGAUUUCGGAGUUCACAGGCUUUGAAGACGAUCGUUUUUUUUUGUUUGCUCACUGAUUGUUAGUUUCUCUUAUCCAAUUUCUCAACCCCUCACAAUCUCUUUUUAAGUGAUUAGUAAAGUUAUCAAAUGUACCUUAUAUUUCUUUCAAUUUUCCACAGGAUUGAUAUUACUGGGUUGAUUUGUUGUGUGUUAUGAUGGUUAUUAAAAGGUGUGGUUUUAAUGAUCUUAAGAAGAGACGGUCUAUGUUUAAACACAGCUAGCUUUGGAUCCUAGAAUCGUCUCGUUCAGCUUUUAUUUUAAGUGAAUUUGAUUCUGAGUUUCUCAACAGUUAUUGAAAGAUUCUCCUUUAGUCUUCUUUGAGUUUUCAAUUUUAGUGAAUUUGAUUCUUAGUUUCUUAACAUCUAGCUUUGGAUCCUAGAUUCUUCUUUUGAGUUUUCGAUAUUGAUGCUUAUUGUGGCUCCUCGUUACACGUCUCUCUGGCUCAUCAAAAGCCAAUAUUACCUUUGUGGAAGUGGUCGUAAAUUUCAUUCCCUAAGCACUGAUUCCAUAUCUUAUAUGAAAUGGCCUUUCACUAUCCAGAUGUAGAUGCCUCAUCAUCCCCCUCAUCAUCCCCCAUGAUUAAUUUCUCUUGGUCCAUAGGUCUCUGGAUAUAUUUUUCUUCUCUUUUCUUUCAAUCUCUUCAUUUUGUUGAAGAUUAGAGGAGGAUUCUCAGGGAAAAAUCAAGGCAAGAAAAAUUGAGGGAGAGAAAGGGUAGAUAGCUAAGAGGUUGUGAUCUAAGGCAAAAAAACAAAAAGUUAGGAAUAUUCCUGAGAGAGAUUGUAUUUGACUGGGAAAAAACAUAGAAUCGGAAUUGUGUGAAAGGAAUUUAUUCAAUGGUUCAUGUCCUCUGCAAAAAGUUAUAUUCUGUAUAUUAUUAAGUUUCCCAAUGUGAGUCUCAUAUCUCGUUGUUAUUCAUGCAUCUCAUUGCAAAGCUAUUCGCCUUCUGAAUUAGACUACUGUGGAGGGUGUUGUGCAAAAACUGCUCUUCUUCGAUGACUCUGGCUAAUGAUUUCGGAUAUUCAACCGCUAUGUCUUCAUCUUUUUCAGCUCUUCAUGCUACUGUAGAAGACAGAUACCGCAAGUUGCCUAACUCUUUCUUGGUUUCAUCGGGUCAGGAACUGAUGAAUAACCCCGUGCCUUAUCAGGUGGUCUCUAGUGGAUAUCUCUUCUCGUCUCCCUCUGGAUUCUGCAAUGUUUCAGCUCAUGGAAGGAGUUCCCAAACUCAGCCAAGCGACAGAUUGGCUAUGCAGGAUUGCCCUGUGGAAGCGUCAUUGACUAAUCAUCACCCUCAACAGUUCACAGAUCCACUUGAUGAGUUCUUUGAUUUUUCUGACCAUGUUCCCGUUCCAAAUCCACAACCAGAGAGUAGCGGGGUAAGGGUGGUCUCAUCAGUGGAACCUCAUGAGAAAAGCGAGUGGCAAAAUUGGGCAGAUCAGCUGAUUUCUGCUGACGAUGGUACGGAGCCAAAUUGGUCUGAGCUUCUCGGAGAUCCAAGUUCCCACAAUCCAAACUCAGAGAUACCGACACCACUUUCGGAAGUACCAAGGCAAGAGAUACAAGCUUACCAGCAGCAUCAGAUUGUUGUAUCAGAGGAGCAGAUCAGUGGCAGAAACUCAUCAUCUAGUGCAGCAACAUCUAAACAACGCAUGCGCUGGACACAAGAACUUCAUGAGGCGUUCGUUGAUGCUGUUAACCAACUCGGUGGUAAUGAACGAGCCACGCCUAAGGCUAUUUUGAAGCUCUUGAAUAAACCUGGCUUGACCAUUUAUCAUGUAAAAAGCCAUUUGCAGAAAUACAGAACGGCAAGGUAUAAACCAGAGACUUCAGAAGCUACAGGAGAACCUCAAGAUAAGAAGAUGACAUCUAUCGAAGAUAUCAAAUCUCUUGACAUGAAAACGAGCGUUGAGAUCACACAAGCUCUGAGGUUACAGAUGGAAGUUCAGAAACGUCUCCAUGAGCAGCUCGAGAUCCAACGGUCGCUGCAGUUGCAGAUUGAAAAGCAGGGCCGAUACCUACAGAUGAUGUUCGAGAAACAACAGAAGUUACAAGAGAGCAAGAGCUCUCCCUCAGAUGCAUCACCAAAGCAAUGCAACACUACAUCUGCAGAAGUCGAAUUUGGUCUUGAGACACAAACAGGAGACCAAACUGAAUCUGCUUCAUCGUCAAGGAAACGAGUCAGAGAAGAUUAAAACAUGUUAAGGUUGAAUUCGUUGGAGAAACAUAUGUUAACUGGGAAUUAAGUUAGGUGUUUUGUGGAAACCCAGAGAUGCAAUAACUCCAGUUUUGCUCUAAGAAAAAUUAUAUUCUUCCUAGCUCUGUUUGUUCAGUUUAGAGACAGUUGCUUUGAAGGCUCUAACUGAAGACCAAGUAAUACUGAAGAUGAUUGCAGAUGUUCUCGUGUACAUAAAAAUGGUUCAUUUA